AUGGGUUUCAUCGUCUCUAUAUUCAUCGUGAACUUCAUUGGCAGGAAAAGCAGCAUAAUAGCUACAACUGUGCCCACGAUAAUUGGUUGGCUAAUGAUAGCCUUCGCAGCGUCUUCCUGGGAAUUAUAUGUAGCGAGAUUCGUGUGCGGGCUAUCUUUGGGCAUCUACGUGGCGUCGCCGAUAUAUCUGGGUGAGUUUCCCCCGGCGAAUAUCCGCGGUAUUCUGGGAUCGUUCUUUGCGGUUUCUGCAAAAUUUGGCAUUCUGAUCGCGUAUUCGAUUGGCGGCCCGUUUUCCUCCGUUUUUCUCUCGUGUGCGCGAUCGUGCUUGUACCUCUUGUUCUACCAUCUGAUGUGUCGCGACGACAGGCAGGAGGCCGUAAAAACACUUGUUCAAUCGAAAGGCAACGAGGAUGUUAGCAAGAAAGCGGACACUAUCGAGCUAGCCGUGAAAAUCGAUCUGGCGAACGACAUUGGGCCCAGAGAAAUUUUAUUCAUCCCGGGUAAUCGCAGAUGGUGUUUGGCGAAUGUUGCUGAUGUUCUCUUCGGUCGAGAUGGACUGGCCGAAGCGUACCUUUAUCUUCGACACAUUCACGUGGACGCUAACGAAUUAGAACGGUUGCCCGCCAUUGCGAUCUUGUAUAUGGUCAUGUAUUCCCUGAGUAAAUUGAACGCCCAUGAGAAGCUGAGAGCUGAGAAGGUUGACGGUUGUAAUCCGCUUUCGGCAAAAGGUGACUUAUACGCGCUUGUGGGAAGUGCCGUUUGA